AUGACAAUCGGUGAGAGGAACUUCGAGCCUAGGAGGCGCUCGGUGAUCGCUGUGAGCUUAAGAGAGCAUAUGUCUGAUACAACCGACAAUUGGAUUGUAGUGGGGGUGAGGUUGAUUAAGGGUAGCCAUAUGGUGCAUGUACAGAUCCUGGAAGGGUUAGUGAGCGCAUAUGGAGAGAUAAGUAUGACAAGAUGGCGGAAAGUUGAAGAAAAUGGUAACUUUGUAACACUAGAAGAGAGUAGAGAAAAUGGACAUGCGAAGAAGAUUAAUUUGGGUGAUGUGGUAGCGCCACUAGAAUAUGUAGUCACUGGAGUGAGAUUUAGGUGCACCUUCAAGCCUUUUGCCCAUCCAACGCACCAACAUGAGAUAAUUCAAUUAGAGAUUCACGCGACAAAAUUAGAUUUUCUUCGAGGUAAACUCGAGGUUAAUAAUUCACGGUGGAUUUCCGCGAGUUUAAAUUCAAAAGAGGAGAUGGCACCGAAGGACUUCACUUCGAAAAAGGCGAUAGAGUCCCAAACGUCCGCGCUCAGCAUAGACGACGGGCGGUCAACGGUCCCCUUCUUCGACGGCCGAGACUUGGAAUUUUCCCCUCCAGCACCUCUGCAGGGUCUUGGACUUCCACGAUGA